UUUUCUAUUCAUCAGAUACCAUAGUAAUGUGCGUACACACUGCACGCGUAUUUUGUCAAUGAUGGACAACCGAUGUUAAUAGUUGCAGUCUUGUCUGUAGGACCCUAGGUGGCGCUGGAUUAAGGUGAAGAUGCCUUUGACAAAGUUAUUGGACUGCAAAGGAAACCCCUACACUCUCCUGGACGUAGAUGGAACGUACUUUCCUCCCAGUUUCAACUGGGAAACGGUGAAGAACAUUUCCAACGUCAACAUCCGUGACGACGAUGUGCUGCUGUGUGGCCACGCAAGAUCAGGAACACAUCUAACAUUUGAACUGGUCCAUAUGUUGCUGAGAAGAAAAGCGGAACUUAGUCCUCAUGAAAAGGAGUCUCAGACACUAGAAUUGCAACCGGAAGAGGUUCUGAGUUGUCUCCCUUCACCAAGGAUUCUCAACACACAUGUCCAGUUUCACUCACUGCCAGCACAAGUGCAGAAGAAGAAAACUAAGAUUAUCUAUUUGAUGCGAGACCCCAGGGACGUCCUUGUGUCCCGAUUUGUUCUUACCUCUAACUAUAUAGCGAAAGGUACAAUGAUGGGAUUUGAUGAAUAUGUGGUAGCUUCGGCUGAAGGAAAAGUUGCCUGGGGCUCCUGGUUUGACGAUGUUCUCUCUUGGGAGAAACUAAUGAAUGAGCCUGACCACCCAGUGUUGAUAGUCAGAUACGAGGAGACUAAACAGGAUCCUGUCCGUGUGAUCAAAAGCAUUUCGGAAUUUCUAAAUAUAGACUGUCCGGAUCAGCUUGUCCGAGACAUAGCUGUACAAUCCGACUUCACGAAAAUGAAGACGACAAAGGGAGAUAAUGCUGAGAAACGUGAUGGUGAUGCCAUCCACUACAGAAAAGGAAUCACUGGUGACUGGAAGAACUGGUUCACCGAUGCCCAGACUAAAUACUUCAAUGACAUUUACACACAGAAAAUGAAGCAUUCCAAGUUUUAUGAAUGGUACUUGUAG